UUCAUAUUCUAGUACUGUAUUUUGGUCCAAAUGGGACGCACAGUCACGUCUCCGCCCUGUUCUGUCCCUGCGCGCCCAGCCUCUUCCCAGCGAAUUUAAUCACUAAAAUGUUUUUUUCUGGAGCAGCGGAGGAGACUCCGACGGGGAAAGGAAGGGAAGAAGUGAAUGACUACUAGUGGAAUAACUCAACAACACCGCCCAGUCGGCGGACAUUUAUCACGGUGGGCUCGUAUUCAGGCUUUUAAAUGUAGAGGUUGUAGGUGUUACCAAGUGCGCACCGUUAUUUAUUUAGAGAGGGGGACUUUUCAUUGGCAGAGAUGGAAAGUGUGCAGGCUGUCGCUGAGGACGGCGCGUCAGAUGGAGGCGCGACCAAGUUAAUGAAGAAGCCCAGCGGACUGUCUGUCGCCCGGGGGACUCCAGCGGAUGAUGGCGGUGGACAUUUCUCACCCUCCCGCGUAGAGGCAAGGCACGGGAAUGGCCUCUCUCAUUCCGGCUCCACGGCGGGAUCUAGUGCGUCAAACCGAGCCGUAGCGUCUAAUGGCCGGAGCUCAUCCAGCAACUCUAGCUCUCUCCUGUUGAGACGGAGGCGCUUGAAGAGGAACCUCUCCGCCGCAGCUGCAGCCACUACCGCCACCUCAGCUGUCACCGCCGCCUGCGGCGCGAAGAUGAACUCGGCCCUGUCCUCUGCGUCUCUGCACACUCGGAGUCUGGAUAGGAAGUCUAUGCUGAAGCACCGACAGAACAUGCAGCUGCAGCCCGCAGAUCGCGAGUGGGUGAGAGCAGAUCUCCACCGGGGCUCCAUACAUGUCCACGACAGACUGACGCCCUCAUAUCCCAGGCCGGUCCUUUGCACUAUGGACACCACAGCCGGCGAGGUGGCGCUCCGACUGAGUAAACUCUGCAGCAAGUCGAGCUCUGUUAUGCGCAUUUUUUGUAAAGAUAGCUCUAAGACUGAUCAAAAUGGCAACUGCAAUGUGAAGUAUGACUAUAGUGAUAAUUCGUGUAAGGUGAAAGAAGAUUCAAGUAUAAAAUGCAACCACCUGACCCCUCUGGAAUCCACAGAAUUAAGGAGCCAUCCCAGUGACAGGUUGAGACUGCUGCUCAUGGAGAAUGCAGAUGAGAGGCAAAAGCAACAGGACGUUGAUGGAAAACUUUUCACCCCAGAAUCAGAGUCACAAGACAACAUAACCUGCUCGCUGUCAGACUUAAAUUCUAACUCUAACAUGGAUACCCCCAAUGACGAUGAUUCGGAGCACAGGAAUGGUGUGGACAGCUAUGGAUUAAAUUCUGGUUCGGAUGUGGAGAGCAGCGCAUUUGAUGACCUGAGCUCUGGGGCCCGGCUCAGUGAACACAGGGACUCCCUCAGUGAUGACAUGAUCCUGGGAACAGAGGCGUCCAUCCUCAGUCCCUCCUUUGACAGUGCCACAGAGGGCCAUGACAUGUAUGGUAGCUCCUCAGACGAGCUGGAGCUUGACUGUCCUGCGUCGAGCACAAGCAUGGACCCCAUCUCCCAACACCACACCAAUGGCAUCGCCGCUGUCACCGCCAAUUACAAGCAGUGCAACAUGGGACAUUUAAACGACAUGACAAACAAUAUGGGGCCGGAUAGCAGACUCAGCCCACACGGUCUGGGCAGCCUGCCACCCAGCAGUAGUGCCGGCUCAUUGUCAAGAGCCUGUUCUACAGGUAAUACACCUGACAUCCAAGAUCCGAACUGUGUCCAGGGUGCUGUGAAAUCAGGGCUGACUGCACAUCACAAUGGAGAUUCCUGUGAUUCCAGCCCCACACUGUAUGUUCAGCUGCAUGGUGAAGCUGUCAGGAGGCUUAGCCCAGAUGAGAGGCCUCUGCAGAUCCAGAAUGACUUUCUCUUUAAGCUUGGAUUUAAGGACCCGUGGAGAGUUCAAGAGGAAGGGCUAAACACAGAAAUUGGCUCCUUGUUACGUUUUUAUGCAGGGAAGCCGCAAAGCAUCGAGAGCUCAGAGCGGGUCCAGCUGUCCGGGACCUACAACGUUCGUAAAGGGAAGCUCCAGCUGCCAGUCAACCGCUGGACCAGACGGCAGGUCAUCCUGUGCGGCACCUGCCUCAUCGUCUCCUCUGUCAAGGAGAGCCAGACUGGGAAGAUGCACAUCCUGCCGCUCAUUGGAGGAAAAGUGGAGGAGGUGAAGAAGCACAAUCACUGUUUGGCCUUCAGCUCGGCAGGGCCUCAGAGUCAAACCUACUACGUCAGUUUUGACAGCUUCACGGAGCACCUGCGCUGGCACAGACACGCUGCCAAGAUGGUGUCCCAGAGAAUCAACUCGGUAGAUCUGUCCUGCUGCAGUCUGGAGCAUCUUCCUCCCAACCUCUUCUACAGCCACGACCUCACCCACCUCAACCUCAAACACAACUUUCUGCCUGCAGACCAGCGCUUGCAGCAGCUGCAGAGGUUUUCUCGUCUACGGAGUCUCAACCUGUCCAACAAUCACCUUGGCCAGUUCCCCCUGGCGAUCUGUGAAAUCCCCACCCUGACGGAGGUCAACCUCAGCUGUAACUACCUGGCCUCCGUCCCCAGCUCUGUGGGAGCCAUGACCAAUUUACAGACGUUCCUGUUAGAUGGAAACAGUUUAAAUGACCUGCCCGACGAGCUGGGAUCGCUCCAGAGGCUGAGCUACAUGGGACUUUCCUUCAACCAGUUCAACCACGUACCCCAGGUGCUGGAGCGGUUGUCCUCCAUGGAGAAGCUGUGCAUGGCCGGAAACCACCUGGAAACACUCACCCUGCAGAAUUUCAGACUGCUUCAUGUCAAACACAUCGAUCUGAGGUUGAAUAAGAUCUCCAUCAUGGUGCCAGAUGAGCCUGACCUGCUGAGGCACGUGACCCAGCUGGACGUGAGGGAUAACAGGCUGACAGACCUGGAUGCUUCGGUCUUUCCCCGGCUGGAGGUGCUUCACUGUGAGAGGAACCACAUCACCGGCCUCAAGGCCAAGGGUUGCUUGCUCAAGGGCAUCUACGCCUCCAGCAACGAGCUACGACAACUGGAUGUCAGUCCUGUGCCCUCCAAUCUUAGUUACAUGGAUAUCUCAAGGAACCAUAUGGAGUCCUUGCCAGACUGGCUGUGUGAAGCGAAGAAGCUGGAAGUUUUGGACGUGAGCCACAACCUCAUCAGUGAGCUCCCAGCACGGUUGUUAUGCAGCAACAGUCUGAGGAAGCUGAGUGCAGGACAUAACCAGUUGCAGAGGCUGCCUGAAAGAGUGGAGCGCCCUCUGCUGGAGGUUUUAGAUGUACAGCACAAUCAACUGGUGGAGCUGCCGUGCAACCUGUUCCUCAAAUCUGACAGCUUACGAUGCGUAAAUGCAUCGGCCAACAAGCUGGAGCACCUGCCACCAUCCACUCUAUCAGAGGAAAGCCACAGCAUCCUGCAGGAGCUCUACUUGACCAAUAAUCGGUUGACAGACAAGUGUGUGCCCAUGCUAACAGGCCACACACACCUGCGAGUUUUGCACAUGGCCUACAACCAUCUGCAGACUUUCCCUGCCAGUAAAAUGGCCAAGCUGGAGGAGCUGGAAGAGGUGGACCUGAGCGGAAACAUGCUGAAGACCGUCCCCACCACCAUUAUGAACUGCCGGCGCAUGCAUACACUCAUCGCCCACUCUAAUGCUAUUGAGGUCUUUCCUGAGGUCAUGCAGCUGAUGGAGAUGAAAUGCGUGGAUCUGAGCUGUAAUGAGCUGAGUGAGAUUACUCUGCCGGAAAAUCUGCCUCCAAAGCUUCAGGAGCUGGACCUCACUGGAAACCCUCGUCUCAACCUGGACCACAAGACCCUCGAGCAGCUUAAUAACAUUCGCUGUUUCCGUAUUGAUCCGCCUCCAACCUUUUCUUCGAAUGAGGCAUCUGGAGGGCCUGCUGUGUGGAGUCAUGGUUACACAGAGGCCUCGGGCGUCAAGAACAAACUCUGUGUUGCGGCCCUUUCAGUGAACAGUUUCUGUGGGAGUCGUGAAGCUCUGUAUGGCGUGUUUGACGGAGACAGAAAUGUGGAAGUGCCCUACCUCUUGCAGUGCACAAUGAACGAUGUGCUGGCUGAAGAACUACACAAAACCAAGAGCGAAGAGGACUACAUGACCAACACCUUCCUCGUCAUGCAAAGGAAACUUGGAACUGCAGGACAGAAGCUGGGUGGCUCGGCGGCUCUGUGUCACAUUCGCCACGACCCCACCGAUCCUGGCGGCUGCUUCACCCUCACAGCUGCUAACGUGGGCAAGUGCCAGGCCAUCCUGUGCCGUGACGGAAAGCCCUUGUCACUGUCACUGCUUCACAAUGUCGGGCUCGAGGACGAAUACCGCAGGAUCCGGCAGCACAGGGCUAUCAUCACUGAGGACAACAAGGUGAACGGCGUGACUGAUUCUACGCGAAUUAUGGGCUACUCCUUCCUCUACCCUUCCGUCAUCCCUUGUCCCUAUGUGCAGACGGUCACGCUCACUCCUCAGGAUGAGUUCUUCAUCCUGGGUAGCCGCGGCCUGUGGGAUGCCGUGUCUCCCACCGAAGCUGUGGAGGCCGUUCGCAACGUCCCAGACGGCCUGGCUGCUGCUAAAAAGCUGUGCACGCUGGCGCAGGGCUACGGCUGCACCGACAGCCUCAGCGCUGUCGUGGUCCAGCUGAGUGUGAGCGAAGACUGCUGCUCCUGCUGCUGUUCUGAGCCUCCCCAGCCUCCUCCGAGCCCCGGCUUAGGCCCCUAUCCUCCCUCAUCCUCUGCCAUCAAAGAGCGGCCCUCCGACGGCUCUCUGCCUGUUCCUCCGUCCUCCUGCAGUGAGAUCAGCAGUGAGAUCAGCACCAGUGAGAUGAGCAGCGAGGUGGGCUCCACGGCCUCAUCUGAUGAGCCUCCACAGAGCUCCUUGGUACUCCUACAGGAGCAGCCCCACCACCCUCACCUCCACCUGCACCACCAGGCCCACUUGAUGUCCCUACAGCACCAGCAGGCCCACACAGCUACCCAGCCCUGCCAGUAUCUGUUCCCAGCUUCAGAGCUGCCUUCUACCCGUAGCUGCUGUGCCCUCCAUCCUGCCUGUUUAGCAGGAUCCUUUCAGAGGCAGCUAUCUAGUGCCACCUUUUCCAGCGCCCUGUCUGACAACGGGCUGGACAGCGAGGACGAAGAGCCCAUCGCUGGUGUUUUCUCAAAUGGGAGCCGUGUGGAAGUAGAGGCAGACGUCCACUGCCUGAAAGCUGACUCCUCCUUGUCCUCGUCUCCUCAAACAUCGAUACCACCAUCCUCUAGUCAGGAGCGCAGCCUGCUCACUCUCCCCCCACCUCCUCCACCACCGUGCACCCCGGAGCCUCUAGAGGACGGAGCUGACAUCAGUCACGGGGAGACAGAGAACGGGCUUGAGAGGGAGGAUUCAUGGCAGGGCGUUGGUGUGGCCGGUGGGGAUGGAGGAAAGCUGGCAGGCAAGAGGAGGGUCAAUGGGUCGGUGGCACGCCAGGAAAAGAGCCACAACCUGAUUGAGGUGGCUGCCGACGCUCCCUCUAAGAAGUCCGGGGGUUACUUCACAGCUCCAGCCCAACCCGACCCAGACGACCAGUUCAUCAUCCCCCCCGAGCUGGAGGAGGAGGUGAAGGAAAUUAUGAAGCAGCAUCAGCAGAAACAGCAGAAGCCGCCUGGAACCGAUCAGCCCACGGAUUAUUACGACACCCCUCUCUGAACAGCAAGCUACAGCCUCAUCUCCUUUUUCAUCAGUCUGAUUUUCCCAUAUGUGGACACAAACACAAGAGUUUCCUCAAGAGGCUGUAAAAUGCACACGAAGAAGUUUCAUCAAGCUUUUUCUAAACAGCCUCCCGAGCUCUGCACAGCCUCUUUAUUGGAGAAACAUGCACUGUAACCUGCUCCACCCAAGCAACUCAUAGAAUAAAAACAAGCAAAUGAGCCCUUUAAUGAUACUCAACCUUCUUGAAUAGCCUGUGGACACAGUUCCUCGUGUCCAUGUCGUGCCCUUCUCUCACAGACUGUGGAACGUUAUUUUUACAUUAGACAACCAGCUGAGUAUGUAAUCAACACUAGUCUCUUUGCAAUAGCAUUAGCUUGCCACAACACUUGUUAAUAUGGAUAACAAUUCCAUGGUUUGUUUGUUUGUUUGUUUGUUUUGUAAGAACUUACCAUAUCUUUUAAUGUGAAAGCAGUGAAGUUGCUGAAAGAACUUUUUAAAAACAAGACACAUAAUCUUUUUAUUAUCAGUGAACUAUGUUGAAUGGUACACCAUUAAUACCACACCUAACUGUUGUAGAUAGGGCACUUAAAAUACUGUAUUUCUUCAGUAAAUCAUGGCUCUUGGCCUGUAAAAUGGCAUAGAAAUUUUUUGUAGAAAUUUGCAAUACUAACUCCUAGGAGUUGCAUACUCUUUAUGGUGACUCAGUCACUUUUACUAAUCUUCUCUGAGAGAAAUGGUGAUUUUUUUUUUCCAAUGAUUGUAAAUAAGAGAAAUGUUGUAUACUGAUGCUUUUAAAGGAACUGCGUACCUGUAUGUCGGUGAAGUUUUUAGUGGCGGGGAGGAUGUGUUGUUUGCUGUUAUGGAGGCGUCACCCCCCCCUUUCUCUUACAACAUAGACCCACAAAGACAACACACAAACACACACACACACACACACAAGUAUUAAUGUGCAAUUGCAGGUCAGAAAACCCAACAUUCCAUGCAAUAUAACUAUGAGUACACUAAGUUGCUAUGGUCUGCUCCACUUUGUUUAAUUGUGAUGUCCUGUAGUCAUCACUGUAUCUAUUGAGCACUAAUCAACAGAUCUUUGCGUGCACACACACACACACACACACACACACACACACACACACACACACACACAUUCAGACAUAACAGACAGACAAACACACAUACAUGGACACUCACAGGUAAUAUUAGUCCCACGUCCCUCCUACAGUAACUGUUAUCACCGGCAUGACUGUGUCAAGUUCAGUAAUACAAAUAUAUCCACAUGGAAAAGAGACAACACAAAUGUUCCUGUCUUUGGUAUAAUAAAUUUUAAAUUUGUGAAUAUAA